AUGACGCUGGUUCUUAACCUAAUCCCGCCAUCCCAAAUCCUACUUCACUCGUCGUCGUCUCGUUCACUGCCAACUACUAGUUCCCGUCAAAAUGAAACAACCCAAGAUUGGACUGCUCUGCUGUUCAAGCUCAAAUGCCGCGGCAGGUUCUCUUGCCUUUUCUCAGAUAAUCGCAAAGAGGAUCAAGCCAGGAAAGCAUUAGAAGGUGCACUUGGUGGGAAAAAAAGUGAAUUUGAGAAAUGGGACAAAGAAAUUAAGAGAAGAGAGGAGGUGGGUGGAGGCGGUAGUGCUGGUGGAGGGGGAUGGUUUGGGUGGCGUGGAUGGUUUGGAUGGUCGAAUGGUGACCAUUUCUGGCGAGAAGCACAACAAGCAAGUCUUGCUGUGUUGGGUAUUAUCCUGAUGUAUCUCAUAAUUGCAAAGGGAGAACUGAUGCUUGCUAUCAUCUUCAAUCCGUUACUGUAUGCCUUGCGAGGGACAAGAAAUGUGUUCGCUUUCAUAACUUCUAAAAUCUUAAGGAAGACAGGACCAGAUGGUCAGGUUGUUUUUGAUAAUAUCUCGAAGAAUGAAGCCUACAGUAGUGUCUCUGCUAAAGAAAGUGUUCUGAGAAAAUGGGGAAGUGGGUGA